GGGACAAGCUGCCCAGUCAUAACAGAAAAGACACCAGGAGCUCACAUCAUAUGGCUGCACCGCAACCACAAACGCACAGAGAAGCUUCGGGACAUCUGAAUAAAAGUCUAUGUGUUAAAAGAAGAAAAUUCACAGAGCAGUGAACAUUCAGCUGAAUGAGCAAAGUGAACACCUCAAUAAUCCUCAAGUGACAAAGCCAAGAAAAACCUGGACAGGUAUUUAAGAAACAACAUUUCUCAACAGUGAACUUCUAAUCAAGUUUCUCCAGUGACAAUGGCAUCGACUGGUCUCCAGAUGCUGGGCCUGGUGCUGGCUGUACUGGGUUGGGCUUGUGGGGUGUUGGUAUGUGCUGCUCCUCUGUGGCGUGUGUCUGCCUUUGUAGGUGGUGAACUGGUGAUUGCCCAGAUGUUGUGGGAAGGACUAUGGAUGAACUGUCUGUCUCAGACCACAGGCCAAAUCCAGUGCAAGACCUACGACUCCACUCUGGCCCUGCCCAUGUCUGCCCAAAUGGCCCGAGGCCUCACGGUCCUCUCCCUGCUUCUCUGCGUUCUGGCCCUCAUACUCGGGGUGGCGGGGGCCAAGUGUACCCACUGCAUGGGCGACGGUAAUCAGGCCUCAAAGGCUCGACUGGCUAGGAUAGCAGGAGUGCUCUUCAUUGUGGCUGGCCUAGCCUACUUGACGCCCAUCUGUUCGACUGCCUAUACCAUAAUCAGAGACUUCUACGAUCCCAAUGUCGCAGCACCUUUAAAGAGAGAGCUGGGCCCAGCAUUGUAUCUGGGCUGGGGGGCUAGUGUGCUGCUACUGGUGGGGGGUUCUCUACUGCAUAUUGGUUCCUCUGCACCAGGAGAAAGAGCACUACCUGUUUUUGGAGGAGCAGCGAAGAGUAGCCCACGCCCAGGAACAGCAGGAGUGGUGAAGCAACAGGAAAAGUCUUUUGUAUAAAAUGAUUUUAUUGAACUUUUAAAGUAUUGAAAGACACUGAGGUUACAAGCACAAGUUUUGGAGUUAUGUGUGAAUUACAUUAUGUCUUGUCCUUGCAGUCCUUUGACACUCACUGCUUGAAUUAGUAAUGAAGCUCCAGUAUUCUGCAUUUUGUAGAGUUGCUAUAGGUAAAAGCAUCUGCAAAGUAAUUCAAUGUAAAGUCUUACACCUCUGAAAUGAUAAACCACUUAUAGAGUGCUUUAAUAAACAUUACUUUCAAGGCUUUGUCUCAGAGUAUGGCAGCUGAAAUGAACUGUGGGAGGAUUUUAGAUGAUUACAUGCUUACAAAUGCAUGCAACUUACAUUUCUCAGAUGCCGCUCUGCCCCUGUUUGUGUGUGUAUGAGUGUGUGUGUGAGUGUGUGUGUGUGGGUUGUCUGUGUACAGAAGGCCAGUGUGCAUAGUGCAUCUGUCUACCAUUUGUUUUCACAGAAAAUAUGCGUGGGCAGAUGAAGCACUGAUUGUUUACUUGUUUUACUCUAUAACUUUUGCUUUAAUUCUUGUUAAAGAUAUAUAUAUUAUAAUAUUAUAAUAUAUAUAUUAAUAAAGUAUUUCUAUAUAUCUAGACUACUACACCUCUGCAAGAUAAACUGUAUGUCUAAUAUUUGAUAAAUUGCAUCCAUCAUUUUCCAUUUUUGAAACAUUUAUCAUUUUUAAACUUUGUUACUUCUAAUUUUGCUAUUAUUGUUUAACCAAAUAAAAUUGUACUGGCUUUGUUUUUUUAUUAACUUUAUAAGUUUUAUUAUAAUCAAUCUGUGAGUAUGAUGAUGAUGUAG